UUGCAUUAAAUAUCAAAACAAGUCAACUACAAGACUUCAUUAGGCACUUUUUAACAAUCCAAAAAUAUAAAGAAUUUCACCAUGAGAAUCGGUGCAACAAUACCAAACUUCGAGGCUCAAACAACCAAAGGACCAAUAAAGUUCUAUGAUUUUCAAGGAGAUUCAUGGGUCGUUUUGUUUUCACAUCCUGCAGAUUUUACUCCAGUCUGCACAACAGAACUUGGACGUAUGGCUGUUCAUAAUCCAGAAUUCAUUAAACGCAAUGUAAAAUUAUUAGCUCAUUCCUGUGAUAAAUUACAAAGCCACACUGAUUGGGUGAAUGAUAUUAAAUCAUAUUGCCGUGAUAUUCCUGGAGACUUCCCAUAUCCAAUUAUUUCCGAUGAACAUCGUACAUUAGCGGUGAAAUUAGACAUGAUUGAUGAAGAUAGUAAAGAUAAUGAAGAACAAGCGGUUACAGUUCGAGCUUUGUACAUCAUCGAUCCAAAUCAUAAAAUGCGUUUAUCAAUGUUAUACCCACAAUCAACCGGAAGAAAUGUCGAUGAAAUCCUUCGCUGCAUUGAUUCGUUACAAUUAACUGACAAAGUGAAAGUAAUUGCAACACCAGCCAACUGGAUGCCUGGUGACAAAGUGAUGAUUCUUCCACAUGUAAAAGAUGAAGAACUACCAAAAUUAUUCCCUGGUGGAGUAGAUAAAGUUUCAAUGCCUUCUGGAAUUACUUAUGUUCGUACAACCACUAAUUAUUAAUUUAAAACUGUUUGUGUAAAUGUUUAAUCAUAUUACCUAAAAAUUGUAUAUAUCUCUUUUUCAAUAAAUUUUUACUUAUAAAAGAAA